AGGAAGUGGGGUAGGAGUGGGGGGUAGAAAGAGAGGUGCCACGAGACGGUAUAAAAAGCAAGGAGGCACUCACAGGCACACCACUAGCUUGUACUGGAGGCAACCAUGAAGGGCAUCAAGGCGGUGAUUCUGUGCGGCCUCUUUACGGCGGUUUUGGCUGGCAAGUUUCGCGGCUUCGGACAGCCAUUUGGAGGUCUGGGUGGUCCAGGAGGCGGUGUAGGUGUUGGUGGUGGUUUCCCCGGAGGCGGUUUAGGUGUAGGUGGCGGUCUUGGUGUAGGUGGCGGUCUUGGUGUAGGUGGCGGUCUUGGUGUAGGUGGCGGUCUUGGAACUGGCACAAGCGACUGCAGGUAUUGGUGCAAGACUCCGGAGGGUCAAGCCUACUGCUGCGAGUCGGCCCACGAACCAGAGACACCUGUUGGCACCAAGCCACUCGACUGCCCACAAGUCCGUCCCACAUGCCCACGUUUCCAUGGGCCCCCCACAACCUGUUCCAACGACUACAAGUGUGCUGGCCUCGAUAAGUGUUGCUUCGACAGGUGUUUGGGAGAACACGUGUGCAAGCCUCCCUCAUUCUUCGGAUCGCAGGUUUUCGGAUGAAGAAUAAGCACGAAAGAAUUUGAAAGGAUGAAGAGAAAGAAGAAAAGACCAUCUGAAGAACGACCGAUGUUUUGGAAUUUGACUGAAAAAAGAAAGAAAAACAGGGAAUUCUUUCUUUCUGUAGGAUUUAUCUGAUUAACAUGAUUUUUGUUAUAUGUGAAUUAGACUAUUCUUCUGUCAAAAGAAACUUAUAGAGAAAGAA